ACCGAAAAUUUCCUUCAAUUCAAUUUACUCUCAAUGUAUUUUCGUAAUAUCCUGUCGUAGCAAACACGUCAAACAGAGCAACUGAUGAACAAUUUACGAAGGUUAAACAAUGCUCCGCCGUUAUCAGUUGUUCUUUCAACAGACUGUCAUUGCGCUGCGAUCAGUGAGACUGUCACAAUCAGCAAACCGUAUUCGCGACUGUCCUCAGCGACUAUACAGUAGCACGAUUGCAAUGUCAGCUAAAGGUAGCAAAGUGUACAUCACCAGUCUUGUGCCCCAGAGUGGCGUUACUCUAUUGAAAGAGGCCGGCUGCGUGAUAUCGCAGUGGCCACAGGAAGAUAGUGUUCCUCGAGAACAGUUUCUUAAAGACGUUGUUGGUGCCGAUGCUUUGUAUUGUAGCUUAUGUCAAAAGAUCGACAAAGAACUUCUCCAGGCUGCUGGCCCUCAAUUGAAAGUAGUGUCAACCUUAUCUGUUGGUUAUGAUCACGUUGAUGUAGCUGAAUGUGCUAAGCGUAAUAUUCGCCUUGGAAAUACUCCGGAUGUUUUAACUAAAGCCACAGCAGAAUUGGGUGUUGCUUUACUGUUGACAGUUUCAAGGAAUAUAGAGAAAGCUGUACAUGCUGUCAAGUCUGGUGAAUGGAGCUCUUGGAAAUCUAUGUGGUUAUGUGGCUCUGGCUUAGAAUAUUCAACAGUUGGUAUUGUAGGAAUGGGUCGAAUUGGAACCACUCUACUUCAGAUGUUGCAACCUUUUGGUGUUUCCAGGUUUUUGUAUUCUUCUAAACGAGGAGCUCGGGAACUUCCAGUUGAAGCUGAAUGUGUGGAAUUUCGUACCCUUUUGAAAGAAUCUGAUUUUGUUAUUGUUUGUUGCAGUCUGACUCCAGAAACAAAAGAUUUAUUCAGAGCUGAAACAUUUUCACAAAUGAAGAAAACAGCAAUCUUCAUUAAUAUAUCCCGUGGCGCAGUGGUAAACCAGGAAGAUUUAUAUGAUAGUCUAAAGAAUGAAACUAUUUUGGCGGCAGGACUGGAUGUAACAACUCCAGAACCCUUGCCAACUGAUAGUCCCUUGUUAUCGUUAGAUAAUUGCACUAUUUUGCCACAUAUUGGCAGUGCUACAACUAAAGCAAGAUCAAUUAUGUCGGAGCUGACUGCAAAGAAUAUUUUGGCUGCUUUGGAAGGAAAACCCAUGCCUGCCGAGAUUAAAUUGUAACACAUUCCCGACUGAUAACAUUCUUAGAACCUGAAAUAAUUCUAUUAUUUUAUGAUGACAUAUCAUUACCUGAAUUUACUAAGUUAGAAUCAUAAAAGAACUUGUAAUUUUUGUGACAUUAAAUAUAAUUUCAAUAAAAAAAAUAAAAUAAUUUGCUGAA